CCAGAUCCGUUGGCCUUGAGAGCUGUCUCAACAUGGCUAAGCCGCCGAUGGGAGAAGAGAACGAUGAAUAUGAAGACCAGGUGGCUGAAACAAUCAGUUUGAUCGAAGAAUUGCAUGGCACGGCAAAGUUCAAGCCGUUGACACCGAUGACCUCCUCAUUCCGCCAGAAGGAUGUUGCGAUUGGUGGAGACCCGAAGUUCCGAGAGAUGAGCCAUUUCCUCACCAGCUACAGCCAUCAGGAGCGUUUGCAAACCAUGCACCGUGGGGAUGAGUCUCCUCGAAAGGACGGUAUCGAGUCCAUGAACAACCGUGCUCGCAAGCUGGCCUUGGAGGCGAAGAACGCCGAAAGUCCUACGCAGAGGAGCUUCCCUUCAUCUCCUCGGUUUGCCAUGGCAGGUGGCACGAUCACAGGAGCUGUCCAAAGUACUCCGUCCGUGCCAAGUGAGGCCAAAACCACAGUCGAAUCACCACGGCGCCAACUGGCGAUUGGCGCGGAAGCAGUGUCUUGGUGUGUUCGGUUUUCGAGCCACCGAGCAGGGGAAGAUUUCAUGUUGUGCCGAAAGGAAUUGCAGCGAAGACUGAAAUGGCGUGAGGAGCUGGACAGGAACCUGCGACGGUUGAUGACGGAUGUGGAGCUUGGACGCGAUCCAGCGAUGAAACCUUACAAUCAUCGGAUGGUUUGUGAGCAGUUCGACAAGCGCUAUGACUGGUUCAAAGAUUGUGGUGAUAAAGAGGUGCUGAAGGAGAAAAAGGGGCCACCAUUUGUGCGAUACGACCCUGCAAAGCCAGUUAUGGCCGGAUCCACGCGAGGAAUCCCGCGCAACACCUGAGGUGCGAGGGCAUCAAAGACGGGAACCACGGCUGCCAUGUGAGUUGCACAGGGCAUGUGCUGAGGAAUUGUAGCUUAUGAAGCCCAAGUGAAGUACUAGCUUUGCCAAAGGCAAUGUGAGCACUGCACUUUUUCACGGCAAGAUAUGGCUUAGACUCCCGAGCGCUUGCUGAUUUGAAUUGGCAGACGGUGGGGGCUUUGCCGUAGUGCUGUACAUUCCCAGACAAUCAGCUUCCCUCAGCAUUCUGCUGGCGAAGCGGGUGUUUUAUGUCUACCAUGUUUACCUUGGCCCCUUGAGGGGCUCAAGGCUGGCUCAAGCCAGUACCAGUAGGAGGACUUCUGACAACUCUUCAAGAGAAGCUGAACUAAA